UCGAAUCGUGAAACAGCGUGUUCGGAAAGAAAAGCGUGUUCCGCGUGCCAUUGCUUGUUGUAACCCCCGAAACGUGAACUUUGUGUGAAAUUGUUCGAAGGUCUUGUCUGGUUUCGUUUAAACAUCAUUAAAAACGUACAAAAAUGUUUUGGGGACUUAUUAUGAAGGAGGGGAAGAAGUACUCCAAAGUGGUGGAGAAAGACUUCCAGCUCUCAAACGCAGCGCUCGAUCUGAACGGCGUGACCGGCGACGUGCAGGUUCUGCUUGGGACCGAAAACGUAACGUACCUGCUCUGCACACUGAACAAACAAAUUCCGCAAGUGCAUCUGGACAAACACUUUGAAAUCGGCGAAGAGAUCUGCUUUUCGAUCAAGGGCAAGGGUGUGGUACACCUAACCGGAAAUGUCAUCGAGCCCGACGGUAUGGAUGAUAUGGAAGACGCUUCCGAUGAAGAGGAGGAAGAGGAGCAGGAGGAACUCGUCGUUAGUGGUGCUAAGGAACGGAAUGCCAAGAAGGUGGCGCAGGUGAAGGUAGCGGAAAAGAUCGCUUCCGGCGAAGUUUCCUCCGAAAGCGACGAAGACGAUGCCACUUUUAACGGGUCGGCCCUGGACGAGAGUGUCCUUAACGGAGAAGACGAAGACGACGAAGACGACGAAGAGGAGAGCGACGCGGAAGAUAGCGAGGACGUUGACGACGAAGAAAUUAGCGAGGACAAUAGCGACGAUAGCGAUGAGGACAAUAGCGAAGACGAGGAGGAUGAAGUGGAAGAACCCAAGGCGAAGCAGCAGAAGUUGUCCGCGGAUAACAAAGCCGCUCCGCAAAACGGCAACGCGAAGGCGACACAUUCCAAGGAAGCUCCGAAGAAGCAGCAACAACAACCAUCCGCCGCCCGUACUCUGCAAGACGGAUUGGUGGUGGAGGAUUUGAAGGUUGGCUCGGGCCCGGAAGCGAAGCCAGGCAAGAAGGUGGCUCUCUACUACGUUGGCCGCCUGAAAUCGAACAACAAGGUGUUCGAUAGCACCAGCCAGGGCAGCGGCUUCAAAUUUAACCUCGGUCGCGGCGAUGUGAUCAGAGGAUGGGAUCUUGGCGUGAGCGGAAUGAAGUUGGGCGGCAAGCGUCGGCUGACCAUUCCCCCAAAGUUGGCCUACGGAGCGAAGGGAAGCCCGCCAGUCAUUCCGCCCAACAGUACGCUGGUCUUCGAGCUUGAGUUGAAGAAAGUUUUCUAAAAAACCUUUUCCUUUCUUUUCUUUCACUGUAUUCGCUAUUCCCGUUCUUUCGCUCGUUUCUUCUAUAUUAUAUAUGGAAUAAAGGCAUCUAGUUGCCGA